AUGUCGACCACUUCUACUUGUCUCGAACUUGAAGAGUUGCAGGAGACCCGAACUUUCCACCAAUGUCUGUUAUCGGAGGCCAACUCGGAUUACUCCACUGAGUCAAGAUCUGAGAGUGAACCUCCGUCCCCGCGGACUGAGGAGUCAAGACAACGAGUCUUGCUUCUCAAGGGGGCCCGUGAGCAGUACGCAUUGGUAGAUGACCAUGCUAUCCCUUCUGUUUUGCAUGAGGGAGAGAUACUUGUCAAGGUUCUUGCAAUCGGCCUCAACCCAGUCGACUGGAAGGGACCGGCAUUCAACUUUGGCAUCCCUAGCCUACCAUGGAUUAACGGGCGUGAUUUGGCUGGCCUGGUACUACAAGUACCCAGAGGGUCAUCACGUCUUCGUGUAGGCGAUGUUGUGCUUGUACCAUCGACAGAUUACCGGGACAUUAGGAAAGCAGCAUUCCAAGAAUACGCCAUAGCCACCGACUUCAAUGCUGCUCGAAUUCCUUCUUCGACAUCGAUCCACGCUUCAGCUUCUGUCGGAGUCGCAUUCGUCGCUGCCGUGCUGGCUUUAGGUGUCUCAUUUGGAAUAGACUUCUCUAUCAUCACACAAACCCCCGGUCCUAAUUUGCCUGAUCUCAUCAAAAAACUUGACCGAAAUGAUAUCCCCGCCGACAUACAUGAAGAAUGCUUCGCAUCAGUACUGGACUCAGAAAAGCCACAACGCGGCGACUGGGUUGCUAUCUGGGGAGCUUCAACAACCACUGGUCUGAUAACUCUUCAACUGGCCAAACUCGCCGGGUUACGCGUGAUAUGUGUAGCCGAUGCAGCACGGCAUGGUGCUAAGCUUGUGCAGUCCGGGGCUGAUCUGCUAGUCGAUCGACAUGACAUCGAUCGUGCAGUGGAAAUUAUCCGCGGUGUCACCGGGGGCAAGCUGCGACAUGCCAUUGAUCUAGUUGGAAAAGACACAGCUACACAACUUGAAAGGGCUCUUAAUCCUGAUGGUCACGCCCAUCUCCUUGGAUUAAGUGGUCUGCCUCAAGAGAAAAGUCCGGGGGUACAAUAUCACACUGUGCCCAUAAAGCUCUUUCAUACGGCUCCUACUGUGGGUGAAGCUAUGGUGUGCUGGUUGGAAGAUCUUCUGCAAUCGACGAAUUUCACGCUACCGGAGAUUGUUCAUGCAGAGGGUGGGUUAGAGGGUAUUAAUGCAGCGCUCGAGACGUUGCGGAGUGGUUCAGUGUCUGGAAAGAGGAUCGUGGUCGAUCUGGGCUCUUCGCUUCGGUAG